CCUUCCUAAGCAGGGGGCUUUUUUGCCAGCGCGGCCCCUUGCAGCGGUCUGUGACAGUGCUGCGCUGCUGCAGGCUUCUCCUGGCAGCUCCUCCCCGCCCUCUCCGGGCAGCACCAUCUCGCGCUGCUGAGAUGCGGCGAAGCCAAAUGUAGGUAAUAACGGAAAAGCUGCGUGCACCGCGACGGCAGCAGGGGAGCAGCCCUAGCCCUUUAAGCUGCCCACCCUCCCCGGCAGGCCGCGGCGGCAGCUGGCAGCUAUUUAUACACGGGCGGCGGCAGGCGCUGGGCGUUUUGCGUGAGGCGGUCCCGGUGGCGGCGGGGCCCGGACGGGAGGCUGUCAUGGCUCUCUCCUCCACGCCGGCGAGCGGAGGCCGCUCCCUGGGUCGCCUCGCCUCGCCGCCUAUCUCGCCGGUAGGCACGUCGCCGAGCCCGACCCGGCUGAGCCGGCUGCAGGAGAAGGAGGAGUUGCGGCACCUCAACGACCGCCUCGCCGCCUACAUCGACCGAGUGCGGGUGCUCGAGGCCGAGAAGUCGGCGCUCCAUCAGUCCCUGACCGAGCAGGAGGAGAAGACCGACCGGCAGUUGGACGCCCUGCGGCUCUGUUACGAGAGGGAGCUGGCUGACGCCCGCCGAACAUUGGACGACGUCGCUAUCCAGAGGGCCACGCUGCAGGUAGAGCUGGGCAAGAUCGGCGAGGAGCACCGGGAGCUGCGCAGUAGGAGUUCAAAAAUAGAAGCCGAUUUAAACCUGGCACGGGCUCAUGUGAAAGACCUCAGUGCUCAGCUGAGUGGGAAGGAAGCUGACUUAGCAGCAGCUCUGGUUGAGAAGCGAAGUCUGAUGAAUGACCUGUGCGAAUUAAAGGAUGAAACAGUCAGUCUAAAGCAGUCACUGGAAGAUAGCAAAAAACAACUCCACAAUGAAAUGCUGAGGGGUGUGGAUCUGGAAAAUCACAAGAAAGCUUUGCUGGAACAAAUGACAUUAAAGAAGCGCCUUCAUGAAGAUGAGCUCAAGGAGACAAAAAGAGUCUAUGAGAACAAAAUAGCAGAAAUAGAAUCUAUCUAUCAGAGUAAGGUCUCAGAUGCUCUGCAGGGACUAAGAAAACAACAAGAAGAACAGAUUCAAGAAUACAAACUGGAACUGGAACGAACAUUCCAGGCAAAAAUGGAGAACGCCCAGCUGUCUGCAGCAAAACAUAGUGACUUUGCCAAGGCUACUCAGGAGGAGCUGAAGGAGGCAAAGCUGAGAGCUAAUGCUCUCGCAUCUCAAGUUAAUCAAUAUCAAAGCCAGAAUAUUACUUUUGAGACCAAAAUAAGGGAGCUACAGGAGAUGAUGGACUAUGACCGUGAUCUGCACCGAAGGCGUAUGGCUGAAAAAGAGAAAGAAAUGGCUCAAGCCCAGCAGCGAACACAAGCACAGCUGGAAGAAUAUGAGAAUCUCUUAGAUGUGAAACUGGCACUAGAUCUGGAAAUAGAUACCUACAGAACAAUGUUGGAAGGAGAGGAACAGAGGCUAAGGCUGUCACCCAGUUCAUCUACACGUAGCACUGCAACUCAAGCAACAAGUCAAAGGCAACAGUUCCUGCCUGGGAAGAAAAGGAAAAUGAAAGAAGCAAAAAAGAGAGGGCAUACUGUUGGGUUUAAGACUGUCCAGCAUGCUUCGUCUUCUGGGAAAGUAUCUAUUGAGGAAAUUGAUGCAGAUGGGAAAUUUGUCAGGCUUAAAAACAAAUCUGAUGAGGAUCAACCACUGCAUGGAUGGGUGUUAAGACGACAUCUUGGAAAUGUGUCAGAUGCAACAUACACGUUCCCUUCACAGUUCACUCUCCAGGCAGGCCAAGUAGUUACAAUCUGGGGUGCAGCUGCUGGUGUAAGUCCAGGUCCCAGUGAUUUGGUCUGGAAGUCUCAGAGAUCUUGGGGUGCUGGGGAUACUAUUGAUGUUACGCUUAUCAGAGAUGAUGGUGAGGAACUUGCAGAGAGGAAGAUAAUGCAUGUACCCACAGGAGAAGAAAGUAGUGAGCAAGAUGACGAUUAUGAAGAAAUAUCUGAAAGUGAAAUGGAGUUUCUAUCUCAAACCAAAAGAAGAAGGAAAAAGAAAUGUUGUUUGGUUUCAUGAUAGUCGUUCCUGUGAGCAUCCUUAAGCAGGUGAGGUGGUGAGAAUCAUGCUUGUCACUGCAUAGCACACUUGCUUUAUUAAUAGUGCUGCAGUCCCUUGUUCCACAUAGGAUGUGCUUGCAUGGCUUUGCAUUGGAAGUUGAUGUCUUGCUCAUUUUCUGGUUAAACAUUAUCACGUGUGAGAUAAAACAAUGCUCCUUAGUGACACAUUUAAAAAAUACUAACUUAUUUUUAAUGUCUGCUUCAUCUCUACAUCUGACUGAACAUGUUAGCAAUGUGCCUAGAAAGCCAAUGGUAUCCUGGUUUGCAUUAGAACCGCUGUGGCCAGUAGGAACAGGGAGGGGAUCAUCCCUCUAUACUCAGCACUAGUGAGGCCACACCUUGAGUACUGUGUUCAGUUUGGGGCUCUUGCUAUAGGAAGAAUGUUGAGGUGCUGAAGCCUGUCAGUAGAGGUAUAAUGAGACUGGUGAAGGGCCUGGAGCACAUAGCCUGUGAAGAACAUUGAGAAGUUGGGGUAGUUCAGUCUGGAGAAGAGGCUGAGAGGAGACCUUAUCCCUCUCUACAACUACUUUAAGGGAAGUUGGAGCAAAGAGGGGGCAGCCUUUUGAUGGGGAAUGACAGGACUAGAUUAAAUGGUUUCAAGCUGCAACAGGGGAGGUGGAGGCUGGAUAUUAGGAUACAUUUCUUUACAGAAAUUAUUAUCCAACAUUGGAAUAGUCUGCCUAGGGCAGUGGUGGAGUCAUCAUUCCUGGAGGUGUUCAAGCAGCAUGUGGACCUCUCACUUAGGGACAUGGUUUGGUGUUGAUCCUUCAGGACUGGGUUGAAAGUUGGACUGGAUGAUCUUUGGGGUCUCCUCCAAAUAGAUAUAUUCUGUGAAAAAAUUACCAAGCUGCUACCUCAGGAACAGAAUGCAAACAUUAACUAGAAAUACCUAUUUCUGUGGGAUGAAGUGAUUUAUCCAACACACCAACAGUGUCCCUGACUUGCUCUUAAGCUUCACACUUAGGAAACCUAAUGUUUCCAUUCAAAAGUAUUAAAAGGCUGAAAUUCAUAUUCUUAGAGGAUUGAUUUAAGAGAUUUAAAGUCUCUUUUUAAAGUCUCUUUUAAAUCCAAGCAUGAAUUUGAGACACUUAUAGUACAGUUCAUUUCAGGAACUACUUUUCUUAUGUUUUGCAAAGCAAAAUAAGUAUCUCAGCCUUGCUUCAGUCACAAAUGCUUCCUUCCAUGUAUUCCAAGGGGAACUUCAGCACAGAUAUAGGUCAUGCUUACAGAAUUAAUGUAGUUAAAUAAAAGAUGCAUGAUUUCUGUUCCAUAUAUUUACAAACCUUUGUCUACAUUUUGCAUGCUGUAAUGCCUUAGGAAACACUCUCUAGUCCCUCCAAAUGGCUUUUUACUGGUCAUAUUACAAGUCAGCUUGUGCGUAUUGGGUGUUCCUUAUGCCUUGAAAUCCAAGCACUUGGGUAUCUUUAAUUGCUGAAGUAGUCAAACCCAAAACUAAUACAAAGGCUUUAAAUUGAUCCUAACUGAAUAAUUAGGACUCCUGCCUCUUGGUUUAUUGGCUUAAAAUAGCACCAGGUCCUCUUUUCUAUUAUAAACUUGCAUGGUGAUGCCCUAGCUAAAAAAUUCACUUCCCCUCUCUGGUGGCACAGCAUAUUGAGCUACCACAGCCUUUCCUAAACUUGAUCCUACACAGUUAAGAGCACUUCCAUCUUAUUGCACUAGGUCUUAAAGCCACCACCAUUUUCUAGAUACUUCUGUAAUAUCAACCUGAAAUCUUAAGUACUGACUUUCUGAAGGAAGUGUAUCUGAGCACAGGCAGUUACUGCCUGCUGCUUGGUUCCUGUCUUUUCAGACAGCAAAUUGUGUGACUACCUAGGACUGUACUACAUUUGCCUUAAAGGAUAUUUAUCAAAGUCUCCUGACUGGCAUACACAUUCUUGUAAUAUUUUCAGCUCUUCAUUGCAGGAGGGUGGAACCCUGUUAAAAAGGCUAUUGAAAGAUUCUAUAAUGCUGUUCUGGCCUUUGGGUUCUUAAUGUACAGCACACACCAGAAGACUUGCAGUAACACCAGUGGAAACUUUAGGCUAAUGAAGAGAUUAACUCACAAGUUUCUCACAGAGAGAGGUUAUAACCUCUCCAAGUUGUUUGUUUUGUGGUUUGGGUG